AAUGAAAAUUGCAACGAUUUCACUAAAAUAACACUCAAAACCCCUCAAAAACUUAAUCUAAUAUAUACAAUAGUUUAAUUUCACCCGGUUUAAUUAAACCAUGUCAGAAAAAGCAGAAAAUAAUGUAGUAGCAGCCAUCUUCUUGUAAUAGAAGCAAUUAAAUCAAACCACAACCUUUUACAUAAAACCGUUCUGGACGUUUUUUAAAUAAAAGCAUUAAUAUUAAAUAAACGAGAAACAUAUUUGCGUUAAAACAACAACCAAAAUGAGUGAUAAAAGGUGAUUGAUUAAACUAAAAGUUAAAAAAAUCCGGGUAAAAAGAACCUAAAAUCCAUCAACAAUCCAGAACUAAAAAAGAACCCAAAAAGAAUUCUUAAACACAAUAAAAACUACUUUAGUAAAGUGUUUACAAUAUGUCAGAAAUAAGAAACAAGAAAUUUCAAUGUCAAUGAACUUGGACAGAUAGCAGGUGCAACAAAAAUUAUUAAGAUCCCUUUAAAUGCUGUUCUCUAAAAUCGAAGAAAAACGGACGUUUUUAUGGGUUACGAGACCGGAGGCCGUGACAUGGAGACGGAAUCAGUGAAAUCGGAGAAUAGUUCCAGGUCGAGAAGGUCUCGAGGACACCGAAACAACUACAGGCAGCACUCCCAUCGAAGUACCCGAAGCACAAAACGUACCAAAAACGAAUCUGAUAUGGCCCCAUUCCAAACGGCGGUUACUUUAACCCCCGAAAAUCGUGACGGGCAAGAAGUAAUUGAAGUCCAAAUCUUACCACAAGAUGAUAAUUGGGGUGAAAACACCACAGCGAUUACCGGAAAUACAUCCGAACAAUCAGAAUCAACUGAAGAUGUGAGUAAUUGGCCUGGAGAACCCGAUACAGGGUUAAGUUUUAUUUGUCAACGAUAUGUGGGAAGUUGUUUAACCUAUGUUUUAUCGAUAGCCGCGUUUUUAAGCCCUUUAGCGAUGGUUGUUUUACCUAAGAUUGGAUUUUUUCCAGCUUUAUCAACAAGUUUAGUGCAGAAUUCCGAAAAGUUAUUAGCAUGUACAGCGGAAUGUAAAGGACAAUUAAUCGCUUUAGCAUUUAAAUUGGUUAUUUUAGCAGUCGGCGCUUGGGCUGUUUUCUUAAGAAAACCAACUCAAACGUUACCGAGAAUUUAUUUAUUUCGCGCGGCUAUUUUAAGCUUCGUUUUAAUCUGCACCUUUUCCUAUUGGUUGUUUUAUAUCGUUCAAGUAACAGAAGCAGCUCGAGCAGCAAUAACCCUUGAAGAAUCGGUCGAUUAUAAAGCUUUAGUAUCAUACGCUUCAACAUUAACUGAUACUUUACUUUUUAUCCAUUAUUUAUCUGUAAUUUUAAUGGAAAUUCGCCAUUUAAAAUCGUCGUAUUAUAUUAAAAUCGUUCGAUCACCCGAUGGUGAAUCAAAAGCGUACGCAAUCGGUCAAUUUAGUAUUCAAAGAGCUGCAGUUUGGGUGUUGGAGAAGUAUUACACGGAAUUCCCGAUUUAUAAUCCAUAUCUUGAGCGAAUCCCCGUUUCAAAAUCAUCGCGUCAAAAAGCGUCAUCGAGUUUUAAAUUUUAUGAAGUCGAUGGAGUUAAUAACACAUCAAUGCAACAAUCGCAAUCUCGCGCUAUGUUAGCUGCUCACGCUCGAAGAAGAGAUUCAUCUCAUAACGAACGUUUUUACGAGGAACAUGAAUAUGAGAGGAGGGUUAAAAAACGGAAAGCUCGAUUAAUAACAGCCGCGGAAGAAGCUUUUACUCACAUAAAACGAUUACAUAACGAUCAAAUCCCCGCGAUUCCGAUGGAUCCGCACGAAGCGGCUCAAGCAAUUUUCCCAUCGAUGGCUCGCGCUUUACAAAAAUAUUUAAGGGUGACUCGCCAACAACCGAGACACUCGGUCGAAUCGAUUUUAAUACAUUUAGCGAAUUGUUUGAGUAACGAUUUGACCCCGCGAGCGUUUUUGGAACCCUAUUUAAUCACGGAACCCGUUCUUCAAAACGAUAAGGAACAAAAAGAAGUACAAACGUGGGCGUUGAUUUGCGAAGAAUUAUUAUCGCGACCUAUCGGAGAUAACGUAACGUUUCAUUUAAGACAAAACGAUGUUUCUUUGGUGUGUACAAUUAAAAAAUUACCGCAUUUUAACGUAACCGAAGAGGUUAUGGAUCCGAAAAGUAAUAAAUUCGUUUUGAGAUUGAAUUCAGAAACUUCCGUAUGACCUAUUGUGCAAUACGAUCGACUGAUUUGAUUGUUUAAUCGAUUUUAUUUAAAUCUAAAUAGAUGUAAGUUAAAUAAGAAGGAUUUUUUUGAGUAAUUUGAUUGAUCACAAAAAAUUUGUGCGUUAAAUUAAAAAUAAAUUGAGUAUUAAAGGAAAGUUGUAAUAAUAAUAAUAAUAGUAAUCGCACAUUCUCGAAUAAUAAUCGUAAUCUAUUAAUUAAUUCUAUAUUCUUUUCUAUUGUGAUAUUAUUUCGUUCGUACUAUAUCUGUAAGAUAAGAUCUGCUCAAAUUUCUAUUUUAUUUUCUUCGUUUUUUUUCUAUUUAUUCGGUUUAAGUAUAAUUUUACGACGAAACGAACCCACAACGAGUGAAAAAGUACACUAAUCUACAAAUAAAUUUUCAUGAUAAAAGGAAAAAUAUUUUUUACAAAAUAUAAUAAUAAUAAUCCAAUAUGUAACGUACUUUUUAUACUUGAAAUCGUAACAACAAUGUACUUAUUAUUAAGAUAAGCUAAAAAAAGAACAGUAUUUGUUUUAUUUUAACAAUAAAAUUGUAAAUGUAGCUUUUUAUACUGCGAUUUUUUUUUAUG